AAACGUGUAACAUAUUUCAUAACCAAUUAAUAUCAGAAGUGCAUAAAUUUAUUGUUGAGUACAAUGACUUUGUAAAAUCAACCGUUGAUAAAAUGUUAGUUAUUCAAAUUAAAAAGUAUAAGUGAAUACAUUAGAUUAUUUAUUUGGCUGGUAAACUUUUAAAAUAAAAACUCAAGUUGUAUAAUCUUUGUAAUAUGAAGAAGAUGGAUUCGGUCACCAAUGAAAAUCGAAAAUCAGCCAAUGAACUUAUCAAUCCCAAGGAUAGAUUGCUUAAAAACAUUAAGCUUUCAGAUUUAGCCAGUAAAUUUGAAUAUGCUCUCGACAGAGUAGAAGAACUUGAAUUACACCACUUAAUUGAACCAAUAAAAUCAACAGCCGAAAAGCUACGACAAUUAGAAGAAGUAAAGGAAAAAUUGGCAUGUGAUUAUUAUGAUGAUUAUCCAUGUGCUAAUAAAAAUUGUUGCAAUGCGAUAAAUGUCAGUCCAACUGCUAAUAAAGAACCGUUAAAAGCUAAUCAGACAGGAAUCAUUUCCUCUAAAAAUGAACCAAUUGGAUCUUAUCCAUCAGACGAUUCUUGCAAAUGUUAUAAUGCCGACGGUGUUAGAUCCUGCCACUGUGGUUCUGAAGAAACUGUAAAAGAAUCAUGCGGCAAAAAAUUAAUAUCGACCCUUGGAAGUAAAAACAUAGAAAAAACAAGAGGUGGAAAAUGUAAUCCGUGCAAAUGUUCGCUCGAUGAAUCCGGGAAAAAAAUGAAAACCUUGGAUUGCAAAUUGGCCGCAAGAGCGCGAAAACGAAGGCGAUACGAAGAGCUGAGGUUGAAAUCAAACGAAGCAUCGCGACCACUAACUGCUGACGCGAAAAUUCCAACCGUGCCGGAUAUAGACGAUAAUGAAGACGUAAUUGUCGAGAGAAGAAUUUCUAAUUCUCGCUUUAAUAUACAAACAAAUUUGAACAAUAUGAGUCUGAGCAUAAAUAAGGAAAACACUGUUAUAAAUCACAAAGCUUAUAUGAAAGUAAAGGAGAAAAACCAGGCAACCUUUUGCAAUUUGUCCAGCGAAUCUUCAACGGAAGAGUAUGAAUCUGAUUGUUCUAGCGAAGAAUUCUGUUGUGGGAAAAAUUUCGUCAAUGAAGCUUAUAGUUCUUCUUUCAAUGAAGAACCAACUCUCAGAUGUUUGGCACAAAAAGAUGGAUUUUGGAGGUCUGAUGCAGAUCUCGGCUCUUGCGGUUGCGGUCGGCAAGUCGAUAAGGGCGAGAACAAGAGCCCGUACUGUCCUUGCGGAUGCGGCGAUGUGAUGGAUCUGCCCGUGGAUGAAUGCGUGCAAAGAUCUCUAUGUCAGUGCGAAAACUGCGGCAAAGAAAUAGCAACGAGCUGGCCUUCCGCAGGAAAUACCGAAAAACCAGUCUCGUUGGAUGGCUCCAUUGCACGACAGCAAGUCGAGAGAGCACUGGAGAUUGAAAAACUACCGAGAGAUGGUUGCGUCAUUCCUUACGCAGAUAUAAGAAUGUAUAUCGAAGAUUUGGAAGCUCAAUGUCGUGAAAAGGAUAACAUCAUCACAGAACUGACUCAGGCUCGAGGCUCUACACGUCCACCAACGUACAUUACUUGAUGGAAUUACGUUUUUUUUCCAGCACUAGGAAGCAAAAGAAGCGUCUAAAAAAACAUGAAUAGAAUAUCAGGGCAUCCUUUUUCGACCAAAGUAGGUGGCUGCAUUAUACAAUCAUAACAGAAGAUGUAACACUGAUAUAACGAGAUGCUUUCGAUAUUCAUAUAGAGUAUUACAUUACGACGAAGUUUUUGUAUUUGCUAUACAUGAAGUAAUAGAAGAUUUCGUGGCUCAUCCUUUCGCUGUUAUUGACACUUACUUGCUUUUGAACGACUUUGCUUUGUCUGAUACAACUUCAAGUAUUAUAUGCUUCAACUGUUCGAGAAAACUAUUACUUACCGACGAUUAAGUUUUAUAGAUUUGUGGUCACGCUUUGUUUUCUUUGAUCGUAGAGAAUUGUCAAUGAAAUAAUAAUAAAAAAAGUUUUCUGGUUCA